AUGGAGGAGGAUCUGAGGCUGUGCACCGUGAAGCCAUGUAACGAGAUCGAGCGGCGAUUCUGCUUCGAGGUCGUCUCUCCUACCAAGUACACUCCCUACAGGUACUCGCCCUACAGGUACUCACCCUACAGGUACUCACCCUACAGGUACUCAACCUACAGGUACUCACCCUACAGGUACUCACCCUACAGGUACACUCCCUACAGGUACUCUCCCUACAUGUACUCUCCCUACAGGUACACUCCCUACAGGUACUCUCCCUACAGGUACUCACCCUACAGGUACACUCUCUACAGGUACUCGCCCUACAGGUACACUCCCUACAGGUACUCACCCUACUGGUACACUCCCUACAGGUACUCUCCCUACAUGUACUCGCCCUACAUGUACACUCCCUACAGGUACACUCCCUAUAGGUACACUCCCUACAGGUACUCUCCCUACAUGUACACUCCCUACAGGUACUCUCCCUACAGGUACUCACCCUACAGGUACACUCCCUACAGGUACUCGCCCUACAGGUACACUCCCUACAGGUACUCGCCCUACAGGUACACUCCCUACAGGUACUCACCCUACAGGUACACUCCCUACAGGUACACUCCCUACAGGUACACUCCCUACAG